AUGACGAAGGGAAUUAACACGACCAAGGCGUCGGCCGACAACCCGAACCGAAAAAUUCCUAAGCGACAGAAAGCAGCUAAUAUGCGCGAUAAAAGCACGAUCAAGAGACUAAAUAUGUACCGAAAUAGCGGCCCUAUUCGCAACAAGGCUGGCAAGGUCGUUGGCGGCAGCCUCAUGAUGAAAAAUAAGGCAGGUGGCCAAGAAAUCACCAGCACAAGUGGUCGUGUACAACCUGAUCGACGCUGGUUCGGAAACACGCGGGUCGUGGGGCAAAAAGAGCUUGACAAAUUUCGUAAUGAAAUGUCUUUGAAAGCUGCUGACCCCUACUCAGUUGUGCUUCGUACCCGCAAACUUCCAAUGGGCCUACUACAGGAAAGCAACAAGACAACGCGUAUGAAGCUACUAGAUACUGAGAGCUACCAAGAAGUUUUCAAUGGCAAGCGCAGCCGCAAGCGCGCUAAAAUUGAUGCCACAGACUACGCGGCGCUUCUUUCUAAGGCCAAAGAGAAUGUUGAUAAGUACGAGACGAAGGGACCAGAUCGCAACAUUGUCGUGGAGCAGGAUUUUAAGGAGGAAGUUUCACACGACGUAUUCAACAAGGGACAGUCUAAGCGUAUUUGGGGUGAACUGUACAAGGUGUUGGACUGCUCAGAUGUCGUAAUUCAGGUGCUGGAUGCUAGGAACGUACCCGGCACGCGCUGCGAACAUGUAGAAAAGCACAUUCGCAAGAAUGCCGCGCACAAGCAUCUGAUCUUUGUCAUCAACAAGUGCGACCUAGUUCCUAAUUGGGUGACUAAACGCUGGGUACAGAAGCUCAGUGAGACAACACCUACCCUAGCUUUUCACGCAUCCAUGAGCAAACCAUUCGGCAAAGGCGCACUGAUUAAUCUUUUACGCCAGUUCGCAAAACUCCAUCAGGAAAAAAAGCAGAUCUCUGUCGGUCUCAUUGGUUAUCCUAAUGUUGGAAAGAGCUCUGUUAUUAACGCCUUGCGAAAAAAGAAGGUAUGCAAGGUGGCUCCAAUUCCAGGUGAGACUAAGGUGUGGCAGUACAUCACGCUCAUGCGCCGCAUUUUUCUUAUUGACUGCCCUGGUAUUGUGUACGACACGGGUGACGACGAGAUUGAGACUGUGCUUAAAGGGGUCGUUCGUGCUGAGCGUCUUCCUCAACCGACUGACUUUAUCUUAACUAUUUUGCAACGGGUGAAGAAAGAAUUCAUUGUAAAGGUUUACGGCAUUGACGAGUGGAAGGAUGAAUGGGAUUUUCUGGAAAAACUCGCCAAUAAGAGCGGGAAGCUUUUGCAAAAGGGCGAGCCUGACUACAAUAACGUCGCCGUGCAUAUGAUUAACGAUUAUCAGCGCGGCAAGCUUCCCUGGUUCAUUGCACCUCCAAUGCGUGCUGAAGAGCUCGCUAUUCUGCAGCAAAAGGGCGAUGACGCUCCACUUAACGAAACAGAGGCUAGUGAAGUCGAGAAAGAGAAUGAGGAUGAAGAGACAGAGGAGGAUUGCGCUGAUCAGGAUGGCAAGCAUACUACUGUGGACGAUGAAUGUUGA